UCCCCGGUGGCCGUCGGGGACAGUCAGAGCCACGCGCGCGGCCCCGCCCCCCCGGCUCUCACCCCAGGAGGCUCCGACUGCCCCGGGGGUGGCCCGGGCUCACCCCGGGGGCGGCGGCUACCCGGUAUGCCCGGCCGCAGAAUAAGCCAGGUGUCCGAGUGUAGGAGACCGUGACAGGAGCACUGCGGAACGUGGCAGGGCGCGGCGGGAAUAACACUGCGUCCGUGUCCCGUUUCCACGGCGGGGCACCGUGAAUAAGCAGAUGUUGUUCUCCGAAGCGAAAUGCGAGCGACUUCACAGAUCCCGGGAAGCGUCAGGGACUUUUCCGCGCCUGGCAGUGGUGCAGGCGCUGAUCCGCUCCGUCGGCACUGCUGCACCGGGAGCGCCCGCUCAGGGCCGGGCCGGGCCGGGCUCGCAGCUGCCCCGGGCACGGGCUCAAGGACAGGGACCACCUCUGACACGGUACUGCUGGUUUGGUUACACCGCUCUCCGCGGAGCCACGCGGUUCUCGCUCAGUAUCAGAACUGUUACUCACGCCUUCGCUUAUCUUUCGGAUGUAUUUGUUUUAGACAGAGAACUAUUUCAAGUUUCAAGCAGCCGCCACCACCCUGACCUUCCUUCGUCCCUUCAAUCUUUGCCUUCGCCGCUGGUUUCUGCGUUUCCCUUCCAUCUGCCCUUCUCAUUGCUGCGCCUCCAGCGCUGUCCCUGGGGAGAGCCUGGUUCGAGGACAGCAAAAGCUCCGGAUGACUGGGAUAAACUCCAGAUUCUCUGUAAGGGUAUUGGUCAGUCCAGCCCACACCUGCCCUUCCUCCCCAGCACAAGCUGCUCUGGCCAGACUGUGUUCAGCUGUCCUGAAGACCAUGGUUUCCUGCCCUCUUCUAGGAGGACCUUCCAAAACAGGUGAAGUGGUGAAGUUGCAGGUGGUGUGGUUUAGGUG